CGUCUGUUCGCGAAAAUAUUCCGCGACACCGUUUUUAUCGCUUCGUCCCUUCUGCCCGGUGUACCUCUAAGCUCGCGGUGAUUCCAAUGCGCGCACCAACCAAACCCGUGUUUAUCGAAAAUUAUCGCGCGAAAGGCCAAGUAGUCGUCGACGUAUGCGCGGCGUCGCGAUUCCAAGUAUAAGAACGUUCGGAAAGAACGCUAUCUUAGGCGAUUUAGUUCGUUUCUUUCUUCGCUUUAUUCGAAAUUUAUUGGACGUUAUUCUUGAACGUUCGACGGACCACGAAGUGGACGGUGAUUACGGUGACUCAGAGUUUUUCGAUUCGGAGAAACGAUAAGCGCAGAUACGGCGCGACGGAUAAAAGCCACGAAUAUCUCAGGCGGGUUUGUGGAGCACGAAGAAACGCAAUAUUAUCGGUCGAAGCUCGCGAGUAACCGAAUUCGGUGUAUCGUCGAACAGGAGGAACGAUUCGUUUUCUUCGAAAGUUUAAUCCGUUAAACUUUCCACGAUAAAACUGGACGAUGGUAGCGAGAGUCACGAUCGAUGCUCGUUCGUUAAGGAUCGACGGAGGCCGAGCAUCGAAAUCUCCGGACGCGACGCGACGCGACGAAAUUCGACGACCGUCUCCAUAGAAUGAGAAAAGAAUAUAGAAGAGAACCAGAUGGCCAAUCUAGAUAUGCAACGGAUCGUUUUCAACGAAAUAGUCGAAAACGAAAGGGAGGAAAUCGAAUUAACGGAAUUGGUACCGGUAAAAAGAUCUCGAAUUAUCCGAGACAACGAUGCGUUCGAAACGGACAACGUUAAAGCGAACGCAGAAACGGCGGAGGAGGAGGAGGAGGAGGAAACGGGCGCAACCGCGAUAGUGGAGGCGACCGAUGCUUUAAAGGUGCUCCGAAGCUUCGGUAUAGCCGGCGAAUGCGAAGAAGAAGACGCUGGGAAACAAUCGCGAGGACAUCGUCGAGGAGACAAGUCGCGUAAAGAGAUCGACGAGUACGGCAAAGGUAGCAACGGUUGCGAGAUCGAGCCUAAGGAAACGAUCGCCGAUCGGACUUAUCGUUUAGCGCAUCAACGCGCCGGCUUCGAGAGGAGAAAAAAACGCGUGGACAACGAAGAUGCGAAAUCGUCGAAGAAAAGAACGACGAACGGUGGUAUCCGCGCCGGUAACGAACAAGCGAAAGAAGGGAACAAAGAGAAGAAGGAGAAGAGGCAUCGACGCGCGAGCGAGCUACAGGAUUUCCUAGGACACGAGAGAAAGAACCUAUCGGUGGAAUACAACGAAGAGCCGCCGACCUAUCUGGAUCUCGACAAGAACGUUCGAACGAACGAGGAAAUUUACGUGUUCCGUCGGGAACCGCUUUUCUUCGAUUCGGAGCAGAAGAGGAACGCGAACGCGGGAGAAAUUUACGAAGACGAGUAUCCGAGCGGAACCACCGAUGGCCCGUUGUUCGAUCGAAUGGCGAUAUCUUCUCGAGAAACGAGCGAAAGCGUCGUCGAGACGAUCGUCGACGCGAUCGUCGGAGAGAAGCUCGGGAAACGAAACUCGAAUGUCCGCGGUAAUUUUGUCGAGCAGGGGGAAAACAACAACUCGGUCGGAUCGAAUAUGACGAAACUGUUCGAGGAUCUGUCGCCGUCGAGGAAACGGGGCGAGAUCGUUCGCGCGGAGGAUCGCGGUAACGAGGACAGGAACGGCGACGACGACGCGGACACGUGCCGGGACGAGGGCGAACAGAAAAAGUAUCGUUGCGCGGUGUGCGAGGCUCGAUUCAAAGGUAGCGGCGGACUUCGAAAUCAUUACAAGAUCGUGCACGGAGCGGGACCGGUGUUCAAGUGCGACGAGUGCGGCAAAGAAUUCCCGUUGAAGGAGAGAUUGAAGCUACACGUGAGAACGCAUACCGGCUUCAAGCCGUACAAGUGUUCCGAAUGCGACAAGAGCUUCGCCAGAGGAGGGCAGCUGGUGCAGCAUCGACGCACCCACAGCCAGGUAAAGCCUUAUCGUUGCGCUCUCUGUUCCGGCACGUUCACUUGCGCGGCGAAUCUCGCGUUGCACGUGAAACGUCACAACGGCCAGAAAGAUCACGAAUGCGAGAUCUGCGGGCGCGCGUUCGUUCGCCGAGACGCCCUCAAGAAACAUCUCGAGUGCCUUCACAGAGACGUAAAGUCCUUCCUCUGCGUCAUCUGCAACAAGACUUUCAAGGGUCAUCUGCCUCAGCACAUGAGAACGCACGCGCGCGAUCGACCUCACGGUUGUGCCACUUGCGGUCAAAGAUUCGCUCAAAAGUCCCAGCUGACCGUGCACCAGAGAACCCAUUCCGGACAGAGGCCGUUCAGGUGUUUGGUCUGUUGGCAGGCGUUCGCUCAUUCGACGGCGCUCAAGUUGCACACCAGGAGACACACCGGCGAACGACCCUUCAAAUGCGCCGAAUGCAACGCCGGUUUUACCCAGUUGCCUCACUGGAAGAAACACAUGAAAUGCAUCCACGGUAGAAACGAGCCGUACGCCUGCAAGAAAUGUAAAAGUUUUUUUCGAAUCAAAAAUGAUUUGGAGUCUCACGAAAAGACUUGUCAUCCCGAAUUCGCGAUCGACCGCGACUAUGAUCACGAUCACGAUCACGAUCACCAUCACGAUCACGAUCACGAUCACGAUCAGGACCAUGACCGCGAUCACGAGCACGAGCACGAGCACGACCGCGAUCACGAGCGAGAGCACGAGCACGAGCAGGAGAGCUUGCGCGCGAGUCCCGAAUGCUCCCGUAGCUCGACGAACGCGUCGCCGCUUUCGAAUCAAAUCGCUGGCAAGCGUUCUCCUCCGCCCUCCAAGUACCGACUGAUGACCGUUGAACGGAUGAGACUGUUGCUCGCGGUCUUGCUCAAGAGGAUUAGUAAACAAGAGAGACUGGACGAGUUAGGUUUCGGUAAAAGACUGAUCGACGAGGUUCUUCACGAUUCCCUCGUAUCCGCCGGUAAAGAUCCGGUCGCGAGCGACGGUCUCUCGGAACUCGAGAUCCUCACCAGGAAUCUCGAGAUAUUUCUCAAAUGGACCGUACCGAAAGAACACUGGGAACACUUUCGUCGAUUGAACAAGAGUCCCGAAGACAUCUUGGAAACGCUAACGGCCACUUAAACUCUCGACCCGCCUCGUUCCAUUUCCGCCACCGGGAUCGUCGCUUCUUCUCCUUUACCAAAGAUUAUCUUGCCCCGUAUCGUACGCUAACACGUAAUUCGAACGAGGGCUGGAAGGAGAGAGUAUUUUUUCUUAAUUAUGCGUCCUAAGAUAGAGAAUGAAAAUAUUAAUAAUCUAACCGUUUAUCGAAAUCGUGACGCGCAGGCAUCGUUACGUUUCGUUCAAAGUUAAUACGUGCUAGUCCAAAGUGCAAACGCUAGAUUUAUCAUCCACUCUCGAACAAAUGUCUAUUUAAGAAGAAAAAUCGACUGAUUUACCAAAGUUUCCAAAGAAAAGUUCGCGUUGUUGCCAUUUUUUUUCUUUUCCGUUUUUCUCUCGGUAGAGAAGUUUUUUUUUUCCGGUAACUCCGUUACCACCCAACUAUGGAAAAUCGACGUUGAAUUUUCCGCGUGAUAAGUUUAUUUAAUAAACGCGUUCAGUGCCAUAACGUUCGCGCACCGAUCAAACGGUUACGGACGGUGCGUUCGUAAAGAAAGUACCUACAUUUAAGUAAAUACGUUUUCGCAAAGUAUGUAUCGAGUGCGAUUUCGGAAUAUGAAAAUUACCACCGAUCGCGCACGCGUACUUACGAUUAUCUGCCAAAGAGGCUUAUACGCUAUACGCGUCCGUCUGCUGCUUCGUGUAUUUCUUUCUUUCCUUUUUCUUUUUUUUUUUACCUCGAGCCUAUUUAUUCGAUAUUCGAAAGAUCGUACGACAAUAUUGCAGCGAUCGUUACGAUUAGUCCGUGACGCGUAAGGUUUAUCGCGAAACACGAAUCUUUGUUCCGUUCGAAAGAACGGUGAAACGAACGUUUCUUUAUCGUGGAAGGGAAAACACAUUUCCUUCGGCGAUAAGAAAACUCGUGUAUAGAAAAGAGAAAGAGAAAGAGGGUGUGUGUGUGUGUGUGUGUGUGUGUGUGUGAGAGAACCAGAGAGAACUACCGGACGCUUCUUGCCAUGUUUCUUAGCAUUUAUAAUUUACGCGCACGCGACCAGUACACGCGCGUAUCCUAAUUCGAAGAGGCUAAUUCUUUUGCCUUACCUUCUUUUAGUUUAGAUUCACUUUCGUUUAUGCGCGUUACGACACGUAAAAUUGCCUACAACUUGACCGUGUUGUUUCGUCGAUCGUGCUCGAGCAAUUUCGAGACGCGAGAUUUCAGCCCGAGUUCGGAGACUUCGAUGCCAAAGGGCCUUACCGUACAUCGAAUCGAUUCGAGUUGUUACUCGAUUCCGAUUAACGUUCGCUUACCGUUCUCCGCGGUAUAUUACUUUUCGAACGCGACGUUCUUUAGAUAGGUGUAAGUAAAUGUGACCAGACAAUAACGAUCAAGAUCGCAAAAUAUUAUACGCGUACGCGUAUACAAUCACCUACGUAGUAUAAUUAGCGAAUGAACAAAUAUACACACACAUAUUUACAUAUAUUAGAUAUACACGUUAUAUUAUCAUGCGCCGGAUACGAAUAGAGAGAAGAUAGUGAUAAAUAUACGUUUGUAUGUUACCUAUCGCAUUAGCGUUACGAUAUUGUCAUUUAGAUUCGUUGAAAAGAAAGAAAAAAAAGCGUCCUAUAUUCGGUGCUAGGCACAAAUGUUUCAAACGUUAGUUACUCUAUUUGUUUUAGUCGGGGCGUAGUUGGCUCGAUCGCGUCACCGCUACACCGCUACACCGCUACACCGCAGCGCAACCGUGACGCCGAUACGCAAAAUGAACGGAACGAUAACAAGCCCGUUCGGAGUUUAAAACAUCUUAAAACGUAUCGCGCGAUCGUAUAUUCGUUCUUUUUUCGUUUUCACUUUGCGAAUCGGUCGCUCGCGAGUCGAAUGGUAAACCGCUAAAUACAUUGAGACACGAACGACCGUACGUUGUCUGGAAAUUUAUUCGAAAGAUCGAAAUCUGCUUUUCCGCCCGCUGUACAAAUGCAAACAGAGGUCGUAGAAAUCAUUGAAUAUAGAUCGAGGUCAAAGGAAAUGUUGCGCGGUCACGGUGAAUAUGUACUUAGAACUCGUGCCGAGAUUUCGAUAUUUCGACGUUUAUUUUCACUCGCUUCGAGUUAUCGGUGCCAAAGUAAAAAUUCUCUCGAUCAGCUUUCUUCCUGACGCGUAGCUCGCGCGUGGCCGAUCGAGUGACGUUGUUAUUUUUAUUGCCGCUUUACCUUGCGUUGCGUUGCGUUGCGUUACGUUGCGUUACGUUACGUUUUACACCCUUCACCACGUAGUCUUGCGUUAUCGAACGAAAUUCAAAGUUAUAUUUAUCGUUUUUUGUUAUACACGCGUCAAUGAUUACGCAUUCUAUCGUCUAUUGUACUGUGCAAUGUACAACCGAAACGGUCAUUAAAAUAAAAUCUUUUCCUUUCUA